AUGGCACGGCACAUCACCCGGCACGGCACAUCACCCAUGGCACGGCACAUCACCCAUGGCACGGCACAUCACCCAUGGCACGGCACAUCACCCAUGGCACGGCACAUCACCCAUGGCACGGCACAUCACCCAUGGCGCGGCACAUCACCCAUGGCACGGCACAUCACCCGGCACGGCACAUCACCCAUGGCACGGCACAUCACCCAUGGUGCGGCACAUCACCCAUGGCAUGGCACAUCACCCAUGGCACAGCACAUCACCCAUGGCACGGCACAUCACCCAUGGCGCGGCACAUCACCCAUGGCACGGCACAUCACCCAUGGCACGGCACAUCACCCAUGGCACGGCACAUCACCCAUGGCACCGCACAUCACCCAUGGCACGGCACAUCACCCAUGGCACGGCACAUCACCCAUGGCACGGCACAUCACCCAUGGCACGGCACAUCACCCAUGGCACGGCACAUCACCCAUGGCGCGGCACAUCACCCAGGGCGCGGCACAUCACCCAUGGCGCGGCACAUCACCCAUGGCACGGCACAUCACCCAUGGCACGGCACAUCACCCAUGGCACGGCACAUCACCCAUGGCACGGCACAUCACCCAUGGCACGGCACAUCACCCAUGGCACGGCACAUCACCCAUGGCACGGCACAUCACCCAUGGCAUGGCACAUCACCCAUGGCACGGCACAUCACCCAUGGCACGGCACCUGCACGGAGUGGCGGCGGAAGAGCUGCAUGUUGCAGCACGACUGUGGCUCCGUGCUGCCAUCCACACGCACGCACACGCGAGCAGACGAGGGCAGAGGAGGGCACAGGGGGGCAGAGAAGGGCAGGGGAGGGCAGGGGAGGGCAGGGGAGGGCAGAGGAGGGCAGGGGAGGGCAGGGGAGGGCAGGGGAGGACAGGGGAGGGCAGAGGGGGCCAGAGAGGGGCAAAGAGGCAGGGGAGGGCAGGGGAGGGGGUUCGGCUUGAGAUGAGGCAUGACACACGACGAAAAACAGAGGCACGUGUGAGGGCUCCCACCCCGUGCAGUGCCCCUCUCACUCACCCGUGCAGUGCCCCUCUCUCUCACCCCGUGCAGUGCCCCUCUCUCUCACCCCGUGCAGUGCCCCUCUCUCACCCCGUGCAGUGCCCCUCUCUCUCACCCCAUGCAGUGCCCCUCUCUCUCACCCCGUGCAGUGCCCCUCUCUCUCACCCCGUGCAGUGCCCCUCUCUCACCCCGUGCAGUGCCCCUCUCUCUCACCUCAUGCAGUGCCCCUCUCUCUCACCCCGUGCAGUGCCCCUCUCUCUCACCCCGUGCAGUGCCCCUCUCUCUCACCCCAUGCAGUGCCCCUCUCUCUCACCCCGUGCAGUGCCCCUCUCUCUCACCCCGUGCAGUGCCCCUCUCUCUCACCCCAUGCAGUGCCCCUCUCUCUCACCCCAUGCAGUGCCCCUCUCUCUCACCCUGUGCAGUGCCCCUCGCUCUCACCCCAUGCAGUGCUGGCAGGUGUCGGGGUCGCACUCUCGGCCGGCGCGGCGGCAGAUGCACGAGGUGGUGUUGCACGGGCCCUUGCACGCGCACCCGGGGAACCUGUUGGGGCACUCCUUGCCGCACCUGCCACGCACCCAUGGGGGCCACGGGGACAGUGUGGUUGACGCACCCAUGGGGGCCACGGGGACAGUGGUUCACGCACCCAUGGGGGCCACGGGGACAGUGGUUCACGCACCCAUGGGGGCCACGGGGACAGUGGUUGACGCACCCAUGGGGGCCACGGGGACAGUGGUUGACGCACCCAUGGGGGCCACGGGGACAGUGGUUGACGCACCCAUGGGGGCCACGGGGACAGUGGUUGACGCACCCAUGGGGGCCACGGGGACAGUGGUUGACGCACCCAUGGGGGCCACGGGGACAGUGGUUGACGCACCCAUGGGGGCCACGGGGACAGUGGUUGACGCACCCAUGGGGGCCACGGGGACAGUGGUUGACGCACCCAUGGGGGCCACGGGGACAGUGGUUGACGCACCCAUGGGGGCCACGGGGACAGUGGUUGACGCACCCAUGGGGGCCACGGGGACAGUGGUUGACGCACCCAUGGGGGCCACGGGGACAGUGGUUGACGCACCCAUGGGGGCCACGGGGACAGUGGUUGAUGCACCCAUGGGGGCCACGGGGACAGUGGUUGACGCACCCAUGGGGGCCACGGGGACAGUGGUUGACGCACCCAUGGGGGCCACGGGGACAGUGGUUGACGCACCCAUGGGGGCCACGGGGACAGUGGUUGAUGCACCCAUGGGGGCCACGGGGACAGUGGUUGAAGCACCCAUGGGGGCCACGGGGACAGUGUUUGACGCACCCAUGGGGGCCACGGGGACAGUGGUUCACGCACCCAUGGGGGCCACGGGGACAGUGGUUCACGCACCCAUGGGGGCCACGGGGACAGUGGUUGACGCACCCAUGGGGGCCACGGGGACAGUGGUUGACGCACCCAUGGGGGCCACGGGGACAGUGUUUGACGCACCCAUGGGGGCCACGGGGACAGUGGUUGACGCACCCAUGGGGGCCACGGGGACAGUGGUUGACGCACCCAUGGGGGCCACGGGGACAGUGGUUGACGCACCCAUGGGGGCCACGGGGACAGUGGUUGACGCACCCAUGGGGGCCACGGGGACAGUGGUUGACGCACCCAUGGGGGCCACGGGGACAGUGGUUCACGCACCCAUGGGGGCCACGGGGACAGUGGUUGACGCACCCAUGGGGGCCACGGGGACAGUGGUUGACGCACCCAUGGGGGCCACGGGGACAGUGGUUGACGCACCCAUGGGGGCCACGGGGACAGUGGUUGACGCACCCAUGGGGGCCACGGGGACAGUGGUUGACGCACCCAUGGGGGCCACGGGGACAGUGGUUGACGCACCCAUGGGGGCCACGGGGACAGUGUUUGACGCACCCAUGGGGGCCACGGGGACAGUGGUUGACGCACCCAUGGGGGCCACGGGGACAGUGGUUGACGCACCCAUGGGGGCCACGGGGACAGUGUUUGACGCACCCAUGGGGGCCACGGGGACAGUGGUUGACGCACCCAUGGGGGCCACGGGGACAGUGGUUGACGCACCCAUGGGGGCCACGGGGACAGUGGUUGAUGCACCCAUGGGGGCCACGGGGACAGUGGUUGAAGCACCCAUGGGGGCCACGGGGACAGUGUUUGACGCACCCAUGGGGGCCACGGGGACAGUGGUUCACGCACCCAUGGGGGCCACGGGGACAGUGGUUCACGCACCCAUGGGGGCCACGGGGACAGUGGUUGACGCACCCAUGGGGGCCACGGGGACAGUGGUUGACGCACCCAUGGGGGCCACGGGGACAGUGUUUGACGCACCCAUGGGGGCCACGGGGACAGUGGUUGACGCACCCAUGGGGGCCACGGGGACAGUGGUUGACGCACCCAUGGGGGCCACGGGGACAGUGGUUGACGCACCCAUGGGGGCCACGGGGACAGUGGUUGACGCACCCAUGGGGGCCACGGGGACAGUGGUUGACGCACCCAUGGGGGCCACGGGGACAGUGGUUCACGCACCCAUGGGGGCCACGGGGACAGUGGUUGACGCACCCAUGGGGGCCACGGGGACAGUGGUUGACGCACCCAUGGGGGCCACGGGGACAGUGGUUGACGCACCCAUGGGGGCCACGGGGACAGUGGUUGACGCACCCAUGGGGGCCACGGGGACAGUGGUUGACGCACCCAUGGGGGCCACGGGGACAGUGGUUGACGCACCCAUGGGGGCCACGGGGACAGUGGUUGACGCACCCAUGGGGGCCACGGGGACAGUGGUUCACGCACCCAUGGGGGCCACGGGGACAGUGGUUGACGCACCCAUGGGGGCCACGGGGACAGUGGUUGAUGCACCCAUGGGGGCCACGGGGACAGUGGUUGACGCACCCAUGGGGGCCACGGGGACAGUGGUUCACGCACCCAUGGGGGCCACGGGGACAGUGUUUGACGCACCCAUGGGGGCCACGGGGACAGUGGUUGACGCACCCAUGGGGGCCACGGGGACAGUGGUUGACGCACCCAUGGGGGCCACGGGGACAGUGUUUGACGCACCCAUGGGGGCCACGGGGACAGUGGUUGACGCACCCAUGGGGGCCACGGGGACAGUGGUUGACGCACCCAUGGGGGCCACGGGGACAGUGGUUGAUGCACCCAUGGGGGCCACGGGGACAGUGGUUGAAGCACCCAUGGGGGCCACGGGGACAGUGUUUGACGCACCCAUGGGGGCCACGGGGACAGUGGUUCACGCACCCAUGGGGGCCACGGGGACAGUGGUUCACGCACCCAUGGGGGCCACGGGGACAGUGGUUGACGCACCCAUGGGGGCCACGGGGACAGUGGUUGAUGCACCCAUGGGGGCCACGGGGACAGUGGUUGACGCACCCAUGGGGGCCACGGGGACAGUGGUUCACGCACCCAUGGGGGCCACGGGGACAGUGUUUGACGCACCCAUGGGGGCCACGGGGACAGUGGUUGACGCACCCAUGGGGGCCACGGGGACAGUGGUUGACGCACCCAUGGGGGCCACGGGGACAGUGUUUGACGCACCCAUGGGGGCCACGGGGACAGUGGUUGACGCACCCAUGGGGGCCACGGGGACAGUGGUUGACGCACCCAUGGGGGCCACGGGGACAGUGGUUGACGCACCCAUGGGGGCCACGGGGACAGUGGUUGACGCACCCAUGGGGGCCACGGGGACAGUGGUUGACGCACCCAUGGGGGCCACGGGGACAGUGGUUGACGCACCCAUGGGGGCCACGGGGACAGUGGUUGACGCACCCAUGGGGGCCACGGGGACAGUGGUUGACGCACCCAUGGGGGCCACGGGGACAGUGGUUCACGCACCCAUGGGGGCCACGGGGACAGUGGUUGACGCACCCAUGGGGGCCACGGGGACAGUGGUUGACGCACCCAUGGGGGCCACGGGGACAGUGGUUGACGCACCCAUGGGGGCCACGGGGACAGUGGUUGACGCACCCAUGGGGGCCACGGGGACAGUGGUUGACGCACCCAUGGGGGCCACGGGGACAGUGCUUCACGCACCCAUGGGGGCCACGGGGACAGUGGUUGACGCACCCAUGGGGGCCACGGGGACAGUGGUUGAUGCACCCAUGGGGGCCACGGGGACAGUGGUUGACGCACCCAUGGGGGCCACGGGGACAGUGGUUCACGCACCCAUGGGGGCCACGGGGACAGUGGUUGACGCACCCAUGGGGGCCAUGGGGACAGUGGUUCACGCACCCAUGGGGGCCACGGGGACAGUGGUUGACGCACCCAUGGGGGCCACGGGGACAGUGGUUCACGCACCCAUGGGGGCCACGGGGACAGUGGUUCACGCACCCAUGGGGGCCACGGGGACAGUGGUUGACGCACCCAUGGGGGCCACGGGGACAGUGGUUCACGCACCCAUGGGGGCCACGGGGACAGUGGUUGACGCACCCAUGGGGGCCACGGGGACAGUGGUUGAUGCACCCAUGGGGGCCACGGGGACAGUGGUUGACGCACCCAUGGGGGCCACGGGGACAGUGGUUGACGCACCCAUGGGGGCCACGGGGACAGUGGUUGACGCACCCAUGGGGGCCACGGGGACAGUGGUUGAUGCACCCAUGGGGGCCACGGGGACAGUGGUUGACGCACCCAUGGGGGCCACGGGGACAGUGUUUGACGCACCCAUGGGGGCCACGGGGACAGUGGUUCACGCACCCAUGGGGGCCACGGGGACAGUGGUUGACGCACCCAUGGGGGCCACGGGGACAGUGGUUGACGCACCCAUGGGGGCCACGGGGACAGUGGUUCACGCACCCAUGGGGGCCACGGGGACAGUGGUUGAUGCACCCAUGGGGGCCACGGGGACAGUGGUUGACGCACCCAUGGGGGCCACGGGGACAGUGUUUGACGCACCCAUGGGGGCCACAGGGACAGUGGUUGACGCACCCAUGGGGGCCACGGGGACAGUGGUUGACGCACCCAUGGGGGCCACGGGGACAGUGGUUGACGCACCCAUGGGGGCCACGGGGACAGUGGUUCACGCACCCAUGGGGGCCACGGGGACAGUGGUUGACGCACCCAUGGGGGCCACGGGGACAGUGGUUGACGCACCCAUGGGGGCCACGGGGACAGUGGUUGACGCACCCAUGGGGGCCACGGGGACAGUGGUUGACGCACCCAUGGGGGCCACGGGGACAGUGGUUGACGCACCCAUGGGGGCCACGGGGACAGAGGUUGAUGCACCCAUGGGGGCCACGGGGACAGUGGUUCACGCACCCAUGGGGGCCACGGGGACAGUGGUUGACGCACCCAUGGGGGCCUCGGGGACAGUGGUUGACGCACCCAUGGGGGCCACGGGGACAGUGGUUGACGCACCCAUGGGGGCCACGGGGACAGUGCUUCACGCACCCAUGGGGGCCACGGGGACAGUGGUUGACGCACCCAUGGGGGCCACAGGGACAGUGGUUCACGGUGCGGUCGGCCGACCGCAUGAAAAGUAUGUGUGCCACACCACAGGGAACCAGUGCGAGUGCAGCCACUGGAACAGCAACACGCCUCCCCACCAACCCGCUACCUGCACUGCUGCCCCCACCAACCCGCUACCUGCACUGCUUCUCGCAGAAGUUCUUUCCUUUGCGGCACUCACAGCUGCCCCUCGCACACUCCCCCGCACACGCACAUGGAGUGUAUGCCUCCUGCCAGGCACAGGGGGCGACGGGGCACAUGGGCGACGGGUGCAUGGGCGGGCCCAACCCAAGGAUGUGGUGCAUGGGCGGGCCCAACCCAAGGAUGUGGUGCAUGGGCGGGCCCAACCCAAGGAUGUGGUGCAUGGGCGGGCCCAACCCAAGGAUGUGGUGCAUGGGCGGGCCCAACCCAAGGAUGUGGUGCAUGGGCGGGCCCAACCCAAGGAUGUGGUGCAUGGGCGGGCCCAACCCAAGGAUGUGGUGCAUGGGCGGGCCCAACCCAAGGAUGUGGUGCAUGGGCGGGCCCAACCCAAGGAUGUGGUGCAUGGGCGGGCCCAACCCAAGGAUGUGGUGCAUGGGCGGGCCCAACCCAAGGAUGUGGUGCAUGGGCGGGCCCAACCCAAGGAUGUGGUGCAUGGGUGGGCCCAACCCAAGGAUGUGGUGCAUGGGCGGGCCCAACCCAAGGAUGUGGUGCAUGGGCGGGCCCAACCCAAGGAUGUGGUGCAUGGGCGGGCCCAACCCAAGGAUGUGGUGCAUGGGCGGGCCCAACCCAAGGAUGUGGUGCAUGGGCGGGCCCAAGGACGUGGUGCAUGGAGUGUGCAGAGGGCAGUGGGAUCCAAACAUGUGUGGGAUUGA